CGCAAACCCCGCCGCGAAUACCGUCUCUGGUUCUCCGAGAAGAGCCGAACGAAGUGGAAGUACGGGCCCGGCUGCUCCGAGGACCUCUCCGAGGACCGCACAGACCCCGGGACGGUUCGUGCCACAGCACGCCUGCCAUCCAUUUGAACACGUCUGAAAGGAGAGAGGGGGGUACGGGGCAUGAUGCUGGGGGCUGAGGGCCAGCAGAAGAGGUUCUGCUCGUGACUGAAAACCAUGAGGCAGCCAGGGAAGUGACCUCGGUGGACUCCACAGCCGGAGGGUCCAGGGCACCACUAUGGCAUCCAAGGAGAGACUGUACGAGGUCUGGAUGCUCUACUGCACCAAGAGGGAUCCGGACUACUUGAAGUUAUGGCUGGAGAUUUUCAUCGGCUCCUACGAGCGAUGCCUGGACGUGGACUUUGAAAAGCCGCUGUCGAGGCCGGAGGAGGUCCCCCCGGUGUUGACGCUCCUCCCCGACAACAUCCUGCAGGUUCUGCGCCACCAGCUGUUGCAGUGCGUCCAGAAGGCCUGCGACGGCCUGGAGCCCGAGCAGCAGAACCUGGCCCUGCUGCUGCUCAAGUUCCUCAUCAUCACCUGCAGGAACCUGUCUAACGUGGAGGAGAUUGGCACUUGCUCUUACAUCAAUCACAUCAUCAACAUGACGACGCUCUACAUUCAGCAGCUGAAGAGCAAGACCAAAGAGAAGGAGAUGGCCGACCAGAGCCAGGCGGAGGAGUUUGUCCGCCACGCGCUGGCGUUCUGCGAGAGCCUCUACGACCCGUACCGCAACUGGAGGCAUCGGACCGGCAGGGAGCAGCUGGGUACAGUGGAGAGGAGCAGACAGAAGUACAAGGCAGCUCAGCUCACUGUGGAGUUUGUUCCUUUCUUUUACCAGUGCUUCCAGGAGAGCGAGCACCUGAAGGAGAGUCUGAAAUGCUGCCUGCUGCACCUGUUUGGAGCCGUAGUCGCCGGUGACCAGAGGAACGCCCUGCUCGCCAUCUCCCCGGCCACCAUGGAGGUGUUGAUGCGGGUGCUGGCCGACUGCUCCAUGGGCAGCUGCUCCUCGGACGAGGGCGAGGACUGGGACAGCGAGGCCCCCGACCGCAAGGCGCUGCUGACCCUGGGCUGCCUGCGGGAGGUGGUGCAGCGCCUCCUGGCCUCCAGCUCCGACCAGCGGCAGGUGGAAAUCGCCUCCGUGCUGGAGAACUACUUCAAGCUGCUCAAUUCGGACCCGGCGGCCGUUGUGGCCUCACAACAACAACAACAACAACAACAACAACAACAGCAGCAGCAGCAAGCCAAAGGCAGAGUGCCGACACUGGGCCGACACUGGGAGAGCCGGUUUGUGGCGCUGCAAGUCAACAUGCUAGACACCAUCAGGGACAUGUUCCUGUGCUCAGACCGGCCCGUGCUACAGGCCAUCUUCCUCAACAGCAACUGCUUCGAGCAUCUGACGCGGCUGCUGCAGAACAGCAAGCUGGUUAACGCGAGGUGCACGGCGGCAGACAAGGACCAGAAAGAUAUAACCAACAACAGGUUACUGACAGGAGAGGGGGACACUCAGGUUUUUCAAGGGCGACUCGACUCCCUCGCCGUAGCAACCAUCAAAGCCCUGACAACAGUGAUGCACAAAUCCCCGGCUGCAAAGGAGGUGUUCAAGGAAAGGAUCGGCUACAAUCACCUCUAUGAAGUGCUCGCCUCCCUCGGCCAGCCGUCGCGGCUCCUCCUCAAGGAGCUGAUGAACAUGGCGGUGGAGGGCGAGCACACCUCAGUGGGGCUCCUGGGCAUCAGCAAUGUGGAGCCCCUGCUGCUGCUGGCCCAGUGGCUCCCGGAGCUGGACUCGUCGGAGCUGCAGCUCUUCACCGCCGACUGGCUCCGGCGCCUCAGCUGCCUCAACCGCCAGACCCGCGCCACCUGCGUCAACGCCGACAUGGUCCUGCGAGCGCUGGCGUGCCUGGAAUGCGACCAGCGGCUCCACCCGGCGUGCGCCGAGAGCCUGUUUGGGCUGGUGGGCUCGCUGGGCUCCCAGUCCUUGGGCGCCCGGGAACUCCUGGGACUCCUUCGCCUCCUCAGGCCUCCGGGGUCCACGCAAACUCACCCCUACGUGGCUCCCGCCCUGAGAGCCCUCCUGGCCAUGGUGCGGCAGCAGGGCCUGGAGAGCGCCAUGCAGUACUUCGACCUGUCGCCCAGCAUGGCGGGCAUUGUCGUUCCCACAGUGCAGCGCUGGCCCGGCUCGGCCUUCAGCUUCCUCGCCUGGUUGUCUCUCGACCAGGACCAGCUGGGCCCGCUCAGCAAGGACAAGAGGAAGCAGCUCUACAGCUUCUUCACCCCUGGGGGGACGGGCUUCGAGGCCUUCAUCAGCUCCGCGGGCGUGCUGGUGGUGGCCGUGUGCACGAAGAAGGAGUACGUCACGGUCAUGCUGCCCGACUACUGCUUCUGUGACUCGCUGUGGCACAGCAUCGGUGUGGUCCACGUUCCGGGGAAGAGGCCCUUUGGACAGAGUCUGGUGUACAUUUACGUAGACGGACAGCAGAAACUGUCCGCCCCCCUCAAGUACCCCACCAUGACCGAGCCGUUCAUCUCCUGCUGCAUCGGCUCAGCGGGCCACCGGACCACCACCCCUCCGCCCUCCCAGAUCCCGGACCCGCCCUUCUCCUCCCCCACUACGCCCACCGCUCGCUCGUCGCUGGGCUCCAUCCUGUCGCCGCAGACCUGGGGGGGUCUGCUGGGGGUGAAGCCGGAGUCCCUGACGAAGCUCAUCUCCGCAGGGACCCAGGACAGCGAGUGGGGGAGUCCCACCUCGCUGCAGGGCCAGCUGGGAAGCGUCAUGGUCUUCCAUGAACCCCUGCAGCCCAACCACAUCAAAGCCAUCUGCAGUGCUGGUCCAAACUGCAUCUCUCCAUUCACAGCCCAGGAAUCCGAACUCGCCGACCUUUCAGCCAAAUUGCUGCUGCACUACUCGCCAAAGGCGUGUAGGAACCCCAUCUGUCUCGACCUGUCCCCGAACAUGCUGCACGGACGCCUGACUGGGAAUAAAGUGGUCAACUGGGAGAUCAAGGAUGUGAUCAACUGCGUGGGCGGGCUGCCGGUGCUCUUCCCCAUCCUGGAGCAGUUGACUCUGAUCACCCCGGAUCAACAGGCCAGUGACCCCACCGCCGGGUCCGAUUUCAUCACCCCGGAUGUGACCACGCCACCCGACGGAGACUGGGUCCUCCUGCCGUCCAACCGGGCGUCAGAGGCGCGCCUGGAGAAGAACCUGGUGGCCUCCUUCCUGCUGGUGCUGAAGCACUUCCUGCAGAGGCACCCGAUCAACCAGGAGAAUCUGCUCCACUCGCACGGCGCCGGCACCCUGGGAGCUCUGCUGCAGAAGCUGCCAGCCGGUCAUGUGGACGUCAGCGUGCUGGUUGCUGUGCAGCUGCUGAUCGAACAGGUGACCUAUGAGAAGAACCAGCUUCUCCUGCAGCAGCUUCACACACACCUGCUGUUCAACUUCAACAUCUGGAACAAAGGAGACUUCCCUCUACGCAUAGGUCAUAUCCAGUACAUGUCCACCGUCAUCAAAGACAACAGGAAGCAGUUCAGGAAGAAAUACGGAGUGCAGUUCCUUCUGGACACCAUGCGCCUUUAUUACGGGAGGAACAGCAACCGGGAGAGCGACCUGAGCGAGGACGACGUUCGCACCAUCCGGGCGUCUCUCUGCGGCCUCAUCAAGUACUACAUCACCAAGGGCAUGUCGCAGGAGGAGAUGCAAAGCAUUCUGGGAUACAUCGCCGCCAUCGGGGACGAGGAGCAGCUGUGCGGGCUGCUGGAGCUGCUGCUCAGCCUCCUCCAGACCAGCCCGGCCCGGGACCAGCUCUUCCUGCUCCUCUUCGAGGCCGGCGGCGCCGACUCCUGCUACGCGCUGCUGCUCAACAACAAGUACUCGGAUCGACUCCGGGAGCUCGUCUUCAAGUUGUUUGAGCGCAUGCUGCGCUGCGACCGCGUCUACGAGAAGAAUAAGCAGCGGCUGCGGCUGCGGGAGACGGGGUACGCCGGCCUGUCGCUGCUCUUCUCUGAAAUCCACAUCACGCCGACGCUGAUCCGCUGCCUCCUCAACCAGGUCCUCCACACAGAUCAUGUGGUGAACUACAAGGACCUGAUGGCUCUGGUCCAGCUCACUCACCGGGCCGGACCCAGCGAACGCCUCCUCGUCUGCAAGAGGGUGUACCAGCUGCUGCAAUCCCAACAGGACGCUGCGGUCCAGAUCUCCAAGCAGCAGUGUUGGCAGGACACUCUCAUGCGGCUCUACCUGCGGAGCGACGGGUCCCAGCCGCACCGGGCCACCGACACCAUCAGCGCCUGCAGCCUGGAUCUGAGCCGCCACAGUGGCGGCGGCGCCGGCCGCCUGGAGAAGCGGGCGCGGGCGGGCAGCGGCGGCAGCCGCCUGGAGGACGACCGCUUCAGCGUCGGCGACACGCGCUCCGUGGACAGCCUGGAGAGCGGCGACGUCGUUUCGCUGCUGGACACGCCGUCCUCCUCCGCCCCCGUCAAGCCCUGGGUGGUGGGGAAGUCCGGGGGCUUGAUGCUGGACCUGUCCCACCUGCAGGCCUACGAGGGCGGGGACAGCGGCAGCCAAACACCCGGCAGCACGCCGUCGCCGCUGGAGACCUCGAAGCCUUUCCCCGGGGAUCGAGAGGCAACCUCGUCCCUCACCGAGGACAGCUUCCUGUUCAGCGACAACAUCUCACUGGGGGAGUCCUUCAACACCGCCGAGCGGGCGGAGGAGGAGCUGUGCACCAUGCUGCUGGAGAUCGUGCUGUGCGUGAUGUGGCGUGGCGUCGAAUGCUCCGACGACUCUGCGUGGCUGGAGCGCGGCCAGGUCUUCUCGGCCCUCACCAAACUGGCGACCGCCAACGAGCUGCUGCUGCCCGUCGACCAAAUCAAACUGAGUCUCAUGGAGCGCAUGCUGGAGUGGGCCGUGGCCGAUAACCGCGAGGCGUCGGCCGCCACGCUGCCGCAGCACACGGAGAACGCGGUGCGCUUGCUCCACAUGGUGCAGGACUUCCUGCAGGCGGAGGGCCUGGUCAACCCGGCGCUGUGGACGGAGAAGGUGCUGGAGGAGGCGGUGACGCUCAUGGACAGCCUCAUGGUGUGGUACUCGUCCGGCGCCCAGUGGUUCCAGCUCUCCCAAGUUGGACUGCGGCUGCUGCUGGGCUUCAUGGCUCAGACGGACCCUGAAGUGUGCGCCUUGGCCACAGCCAAGCUCAACGGCAUCCUGCAGACCAAGCAGGUGUCCAGCCAGGACGAGGCCUGCUACCUGCUGGGGAAGGUGGAGGGCAUCCUGCGGCGCUCCAUCCAGGACCAACGGGAGGAGACGUACUCCUUCCUGGUCCCUCUGCUGCGAACGCUGCUCUCCAAAGUCCACCGCCUCCUCUUCAUAGAGCUGCACCUCCCCCAGCUGCCCGACACCAACGGCAGCCCGUCCUUCUUCGAGGACUUCCAGCUGUACUGCGACUCCCCCGAGUGGCGCGUCUACCUCGACAAAUACAUCAUCCCGUACAUGAAGCAGUAUGAAAUCGAAACAUUCAGCCAGGGCCACGAGACCAUGGCGCUCUACUGGAAGGAGUGCUACGAGGCAUUCAUGGUCAGCCUGCAUAAGAGAGAGAGGGAACGGGGCGAGAGCAAGAUCCGCUUCCAGGAGCAAUUUGUGGAGCCGUUCUCUCGCCGAGGCCGCCAGGAGAACCUGCGCUACAACAGCAUGUUGAAGCAGCAGCACAGCCAGAACAGCGCCACCCUCAGGCAGUGGAAGGCGGCACGCCGGGGGCUCGUGUGUGAGAGGGGGCCCUGGGCCGACAGGCAGCAGGAUGAGAUGCACUGGAGGGUGUCCAGCGCUGAGAACUUCUCCCGCAUGAGGCUGAAGCUGGUUCGCAGUUACAACUUUGACCCGCACCGGGAGGCCAGCGCUCUGAGGGACAACCUGGGUGUCCCUCAGAAGCGUGUGAACGCCGAGUCUCUGCUGCUGGAGGCCGCCAAGCAGGUGAAAGUCAGCGACCUGGAGGACGACAUCCUGGAGCUGCCGGAGGACGACCCCGCCGCCGCCAACAACCAGGUUGAAGCGGAGGAGGCGGGCCAGAAGGAGAAGCUGGUGCUGUGGGAGGACUGCGAGCUGGUGACGGUGGUGGACGUGGUGCCUGGCCGCCUGGAGCUCACCACCCAGCACAUCUACUUCUACGACAGCAGCCAGGAGAAGGAGGAAGGAGUGGGCCACGACUUCAAAUGGCCCCUGGCUCAGAUCCGAGAGGUCCACCUGCGGCGCUACAACCUGCGGCGCUCGGCUCUGGAGAUCUUCCUCAUCGACCAGACCACGUACUUCCUCAACUUCAAGAAGGAGGUGAGGAACAAGGUGUACAGCCGCAUGCUGCUGCUGCGCUCCCUCGGCCUCUACGCGACCCGCUCGCCGCAGGAGCUCCUCAAAGCCUCCGGGCUGACGCAGAAAUGGGUGAACCGGGAGAUUUCCAACUUUGACUACCUGAUGCAGCUCAACACGAUUGCGGGCCGAACGUACAACAACCUGGCUCAGUAUCCGGUGUUCCCCUGGAUUCUAGCCGACUACACCUCAGAGGAGCUCGACCUGUCUGACCCCCGGGUGUUCAGGGACCUGUCCAAGCCGGUGGCGGUUCUCAACGAACGCAACGCCAAGGCCGUACGAGAGAAGUAUGAAAGCUUCGAGGACCCGACGGGCACCAUCGACAGGUUCCAUUACGGCACCCACUACUCAAACGCUGCCGGGGUGAUGCACUACUUGAUCCGAGUGGAGCCCUUCACCUCGCUGCACAUCCAGCUGCAGAGCGGCCGGUUCGAUUGUGCCGACCGCCAGUUCCACUCCAUCCCCGCCACGUGGCAGACCCUCAUGGACAACCCCAACGACGUCAAGGAGCUCAUCCCGGAGUUCUUCUACUUCCCGGAAUUCCUUGAGAACCAAAAUGGCUUCGAUCUGGGUCGCCUGCAGAUCUCCAAGGAAAGGGUAGACGGUGUUGUUCUUCCCAAAUGGGCCAAGUCCCCCGAGGACUUCAUCUACAAGCACCGCAAAGCCCUGGAGUCGGAGUACGUGUCGGCGCACCUUCACGAGUGGAUCGAUCUGAUCUUCGGUCACAAGCAGCGGGGCCCCGCGGCGGUGGAGGCCCUCAACGUCUUCUACUAUUGCACAUAUGAAGGCGCGGUGGACCUGGACGCCAUCACGGACGAAAAGGAGCGCAAGGCCCUGGAGGGCAUGAUCAGCAACUUCGGGCAGACGCCCUGUCAGCUCGUCAAGGAGCCCCAUCCGGUGCGACUGCCUCAGGAGGAAGUGGAGAAGAGGAAGGCUCAGCUUGACUCGAGUCCUCUCAGCAUGUUCGAGCACCUCAGCGACCUCAAGUCCUUCUUCGUCGAGGGCAUCAGUGACAACGUGCCGCUGGUGAAGGCCGUGGUGCCAAAGAAUCAGUCCCACUCCUUCAUCACCCAGGGGAGCCCUGACACCAUGGUGACGUUGAGUCAGAACUGCCUGGUGGGGACCCACGGGUGGCUGCCGUACAACAAGAACAUCUCCAACUACUUCACCUUCAUCAAGGACCCCACCGUGUCCAACGCCAAGACCCAGCGCUCCCUCUCCGGACCCUUCGCCCCCGGCGUGGAGGUCACGGCGGGGCUGUUCGUGGCGUCCCACGACGGCAAGCUGCUGUUCAGCGGCGGCCACUGGGACAACAGCCUCCGGGUCACGUCUCUGGUGAAGGGAAAGACCGUGGGACAGCACAUCCGGCACAUGGACAUUGUGACCUGCUUGUCAACGGACCACUGCGGCAUCCACCUGAUCUCCGGCUCCAGAGACACCACCUGCAUGGUGUGGCAGGUUCUGCAGCAGGGCGGAGCUCCCGUGGGUCUCCAUCCCAAACCGGUUCAGGUGUUGUAUGGACACACGGACGAGGUGGUCAGCGUGAGCAUCAGCACGGAGCUGGACAUGGCUGUGUCGGGGUCGCGGGACGGGACGGUGAUCAUCCACACGUUGCGUCGGGGUCAGUACGUGCGCUGCCUGCGGCCGCCAUGCGACAGCUCCCUGCCGCUCUCCAUCCUCCACCUGGCCGUGUCCUGGGAGGGUCACCUGCUGGUCCACACCUGCCUCGAGGGCAAAGCGACGCUCAAGGAUAAAAACGCCCUCCACCUUUACUCCGUCAACGGGAAGCACCUCUGCAGGGAGCCUCUGCAGGAGCAGGUGACGGAUAUGUGCGUGUCGGGGGAGUACGUCGUCAUCGGCAGCGAGCAGGGCUACCUGUCCAUCCGCGACCUCUACAGCCUGUCUCUGUGCAGCGAGCCCAUGGCCAUGAGGGUGCCGGUGCGCUGCGUCUCCGUCACCAAGGAGCAGAGCCACGUCCUGGUGGGCCUGGAGGACGGCAAGCUGAUCAUCGUGGGCGUGGGCAAGCCGGCGGAGGUGCGCUCGGGCCAGAUCACACGGAAGCUGUGGGGCUCCAGCAGGAGACUGACCCAGAUCUCCUCGGGGGAGACGGUCUACGACACCCAGCAGCACGACCGCAACUGACCCCCCCCCCACCCCCUCGACUCCCUCCCCCCCAUGCACAUCCCACAUUCCUGUCACCCACUUCGCCUCCAUACCCGUCCAUCACCACACGGUGUGCUUCAUUCAGUCCGAGGAGCUCCCUCCGGCUCCUCCACUCUUUAACGGGCGGUGUUUUUAAGGUGCAAACUCUGCGCGCCCAACCACCUGUUGUGUGUCUUUUUUUGUCUUCCUGCUUUGGAUUGAGCGUACGGCGCUGGCGCCUUUCAGUUCGAAUUCAGCCUCAGCACCACCACCACCACCACCACCCAACCCCCCUGUGGCUCAUCAACACUCGGCCAGUCAUCACCAUUUGUACGUGACACUAAUGUUCCUCCAUAGAGGCGCCACGUGUUCUCCGGCCUGCUCGGGAUCGGUGAGCUCACUGCCCUCCUGUAUGAUUGUGUGUGUGUGUGUUGCCAUGCUCUGUCAAACUAUAGUUUCAAGUGGCCUUUCUGUCCCCCCCCCCCCCCCUUAUCUGGCCUUCGAUGCAGAGAGGCGGGCCUGUGCUUUGUAGGCGGAGACUUUUCAUGGCCGUCACUCACAAGACCAAACCCUCUUGUGUGUAUGUGUGUGAGUAUGUGUGUGUGUUUUCCCUGGGGUAUAUUUUGUUGUCAUAUUUCUGCAUGUGCUCAGCAACUUGGCGUCUUAGUUCGUACGCAUAACUCGUUUGGUCUAUUUUAGGAUGAGGCGGCAUCCGACACGGUGAUGGAGAAGUCGUGGUUGGAGUUUUGUUUUUUUACCCGACUCGUUUUGUUCUAGAAACAUCUUCAGCGUCCGUCUUUUUAACGUCGGCACGUCAUUUCAGAUAUAGUUUUGUAAAAAAAAAGGGCAAUAUUCUCAUAUUGGACAAAACACGACAUUCUCAUGUGAACAUGUGUCACCGCCGGACAGAGAGAAGCGGCUUCAAAGCACCGGAGGUUUUUAAUUUACUUGAAUCUGUGUUUAUUUAUGAGUCAAAGUAGACGCUUUUAAGAUCCCUCUUUGUCUCUUGAGUGUGUUGUGUAUGUACGACUGUUCUGACUGUUCUGACCUGCAGAAGAAGGAGAAAGACAAACUCCUCAGGGCUUAAUGAGACGACACGGCUCCUUCGCCGGGCGGCUGUCGGCGCUGGUUUUUUCCCUGUCCUUUAUCUCCAGUCUUCCUACAGCUUAACCACGACAGUAAAUGCACCGUACCUCCCUCCAUCUCAUUCUCCUUCCUGCCCGUUGUGAAGUGACUGAGUUCUUCUUUUAUGGGCCAUCGAGGAGGCUUGCAUGGAAGAUCGUGUUGUUGGGAUUUAUUUCCACAUGAAGCCACAUUAUGAAGCGUGUGUGCCUGGGGCGUGUGUGUGGGGUUUUUUUUAAGACAAGUUCUGUUUAUGCGGUUCCUCUGACUCUGGACUAUCGCAGACCUUGAUUGGUUUGACUCAUGAGUCAAUAAUUCGGUAUUGGACACAAGGUUUCUCUAGUGUAUUUUUUUGGGGAAGGGGGAGGUCUUUUUCAUCCUGAUUUUGUUUUUAGUUUUUAUUUAAAUGUCACAGCAGACCAAUCCGUGUCCUUCUCCCGAGGCUCCUGUGAAAGACGUUUUUUCUCAUCCUCAUCUUGUCGCGCGGACAACAGACCACUGUUUGAGUUGUUCCACGACUGCAACAAACGGAGUGCCUUUAUGUGUGUGUGUGUGUGUGUGUGUGGCGUUCACACAGGUCCCUCUCAUCGCCCCCGACCUUACGGUCGAUCUAAUGAAAGCAGCAUUCCAGACGUUAAACCUUCACGUUCAACGGAAGCCGAGAACACAGGACGUCAAGGCGUCUUCUUAGCAACCUGCUCUGUCACCAAAUGGAUGUGUGUGUCUGUGUGUGUCUGUCUGUGUGUGUGUAUCUGUGAUUAUUUAUGAAGACUGUAUAUAAUGUACAGCAUGAUUUUUAUUUCUGCGUAUUUGAAAUGUACUUUUGCACUUUCCAGGUACUUAAUUGUAACAAAUUGUUUUAACUUGGCUCCCUAAUCUGUACAAACUGCUUUGUAUACACACGUGGAAAAAUGAUCAUUAAAGUCUUGUCUAAAUUUAAAAUGUA